AUGGUCAAUAAGCACAGGUAAGAGACUUCUUCUUUUUCCUUAGCAGCCGUCCAGAAUCUAAUGUCUGUUUAACCUCUGUCUGAUAACCAUGAGAGUAUGAGACAGCUGCUUCUAUAAAUAACUAACCCCCUCUCGACUGCCUCCCUCCUCAUGCUCUCGCUAAGUACGGCUCUCUUCUUGAGUUGACGCAUAUGUAUAUGUUGGCUGAAAGAGGGCAGAAGAAACACACCACAACUCCUCAAGGCUGACAGCUCUACGAACUUUCCUUGAUCUUGGGAGCUGACAAAAAGCCAUGAAGAGCUUGAAGUUCCUAGCAGCCGAGGGCUUCGUCCAAACCGGCACAAACGCGUGUCAGAACCUCCACUGCUUGUCUUGCAAUCUCUACCCAAUCCUCUUCAAGGCCAGUUAUCUGCGUGAGCAGGCAUCAAUGCUCCACGACUUGGUCCAGACGUGGCCUCUGACAGAGAUUAACUUGCGUAAACUGUUAGGCCCAACGGUGGACUGUCCGGAGGAUCUCACGUCCCGCACAUGCAGGCUCUGUCUGGAGGCCUUUCUCACAGGUUUGAGGGACUAUGUGUUUCAAGCUCCAAGCACGUAUGCUAAAAAGCUAUGUGUGGUGGAUAUAAUGGGUCUGCAAGACACUGAACACCAGGUAUGUCCCUGUGGACGGACCCUCGGGCGUUGGGCACGAACCGAGCUUCUCACCCGCAUGUGCUACGAGACUAUGGCAUCCAUGCAGGAUGGUCAAGCAUCACCAUCAGCGUUUAAAGUGGAGGUAGAUGUUCGCAUGGAUGCUUUUGUUACUGGACGGAACAACGAGGUUGUGGCUCAGGCUUUGUUGCUUCGCAGACAUUGCCCGUUAAAACUGCACUUCGUGGGCCUGCGUGUGGAUUCGUUGAGCCUCAGGAACCUGUUUUACCUCCUGAAGCUGGUGGAGUCACACGGCCUGCAGAAGCUAGAAGUGGUGCACAACGUACAUCUGGAGGCUCCACACAUCGAGGUGAUGUUCUCCCAGUUGAAGUUCCCCAAGCUGCGCUCCAUCACCUUUCCUGCGCAGGCGUUGAACGUGCACCGGUUGGGCCCGGAUGACGAGGGGCUCAUGGGAGUUCUGGGAGAGCUGAUGAGCAAACUGACCGAGCUGAGAGAGCUUUAUCUGGGCUUCUCCACUCUUACAGGACAUCUGAGGAAACUGCUGAGUCCACUAAACACUCCGCUGCAGGUUAUCGAGUUAGCGAACUGUAGUCUCAGCGCAGUGGACAUGGUCUACUUCGCCAACAGCCUGCACAGUGAGCACAUCGUGAAGCUGGACCUGAGUGGUCAUGCGGUGGCGGACGUCUUCCCCAACACCUUCCGGAAGCUUCUGUAUCGCUGUUCCGCCACACUCACGAGUCUGGGUGUGGAGGAGUGUGGACUGGACGACGAGACCCUGGAUAUGUUCACUCAAGCACUGAGACCCUGUCACGCACUACAGGAACUGAAGAUCCUGGGUAAUCCCCUGAGCAUCGCUGCCCUGCGCAUUCUUUUCAAUACGCUGGCGCUGGGUUUUCCUGCUUUGAGAUACGUUGAGCUGCCCGUCCCUCGUGACUGUUAUCCUGAAGGUGCCACCUACCCGCUGGACGAUAGGACACUGAUAAACUACGACAGGGAGAAGUUCCAGCUAGCCAGGACUGAACUUGUUGGCAUCCUAGAGAGGGAGGGGGAAAGACACAUAGAAGUCUGCACUCCAUUAUUUGGAGCCUAUGAUCCUGACAUCAACGAGACCAGCAACGAACUGGGAGUCUCCAUGUUGCAAUCGUUCAACAGUGUCGUAGGAAACUUCAUUGACACUGUCAAUAGUGUUACUCAACAGAGAGAGCAGAGAAUGAUGGAGUGAGACGUUCAAAAUGAAUUAGUUCGGAUGUAUGUUUUCAACAUUUA